UGCCCCAGCACGUGUGGCGGCUCAACGUGGACCCCCCCGAGGAGGCCCAGCACAACCUGUCCUUCGGCGCCACGGAUCGCUGGUGGGAGCAGACGGACCUCACUAAGCUCAUCCUGGCCUCCAACAAGCUGCAGUGCCUCUCUGAGGACGUCCAGCUGCUGCCUGCCCUCACCGUGCUGGAUGUACAUGAUAAUCAACUGACAUCACUUCCAUCUGCUUUAGGGCAGUUAGAAAACCUCCAGAAACUUGAUGUCAGCCACAACAAGCUGAGGAGCAUCCCUGAGGAGCUGCUGCAGUUGUCUCACCUGAGGAGCCUCCUGCUGCAGCACAAUGAGCUCAGCCACCUGCCCCAGGGCUUUGGGCAGCUCCUCAGCCUGGAGGAGUUGGAUGUGUCCAACAAUCACCUCACAGACAUUCCAACAAGCUUUGCUUUGCUCACCAACUUGGUGAGGCUCAACUUGGCCUGCAAUCAGCUCAGGGACCUGCCUGAGGACCUCAGUGCCAUGAAAAGCUUGAGGCAGCUGGAUUGUACCAAAAACUACCUGGAAACUGUCCCUCCCAAACUAGCAACAAUGGCAUCCCUGGAACAGCUGUACCUGAGGAAGAAUAAACUACGUUCCUUGCCUGAGUUUCCCUCCUGCAAGUUGCUGAAGGAAUUACAUGCUGGUGAGAAUCAGAUUGAAAUCCUAAAUGCAGAGAACCUGAAACAUCUGAAUUCCCUUUCUGUGCUGGAGCUCAGAGAUAACAAGAUCAAAUCAGUCCCUGAGGAGAUCACUGUGCUGCAGAAGCUGGAGAGACUUGACCUGGCCAACAAUGACAUCAGUAGGUUGCCUUAUACCCUGGGAAACCUUCCUCAGCUGAAAUUCCUAGCACUGGAGGGAAAUCCUUUGAGAACCAUUCGGAGAGACCUGCUGCAAAAAGGCACCCAGGAACUUUUGAAAUACCUGAGGAGCAAAGUCCAAGAUGAUGUUCCUGGCCCCAAUGAAGAGCCUCCUGUGACAGCCAUGACUCUGCCCAGUCAGUCAAGGGUUAACAUGCAUGCCAUAACCUCCCUGAAGUUGUUGGAGUACAGUGAGAAGCAGGCAGCCACCAUCCCUGCUGACAUGUUCGACGCUGUGGGCAGCAAUCCUGUGGCCACUGUCAACUUCAGCAAAAACCAGCUGAGUGAGGUUCCCUCCAGGCUUGUGGAGCUGAAAGACUCACUCUGUGAUGUCAACCUUGGCUUCAACAAACUCUCCUCCAUUUCCCUGGAGCUGUGCAAGCUCCAUAAAUUGACACAUUUGGAUCUCAGAAACAACGUUUUGACAUCUUUGCCUGAGGAAAUGGAGGCACUGACGAGACUACAGAUAAUAAAUCUUUGUUUUAAUAGAUUUAAAGUGUUUCCCAGUGUCCUUUAUCAGCUCCCAGCCCUGGAGACCAUCCUGCUCAGCAACAACCAGGUUGGGUCCAUCGACCCUCUGCGGCUGAAGGCCAUGGACAAGCUGGGAACGCUGGACCUGCAGAACAACGAUCUCCUCCAGGUGCCCCCAGAACUGGGCAACUGUGAGAACCUGAGGACAUUGCUGUUGGAAGGCAACCCAUUCCGCACCCCCCGCGCGGCUGUGCUGGCCAAGGGCACAGCUGCAGUGCUGGAAUACCUCCGGAGCCGAAUUCCCACCUGA